CCCAUAAUUAGGAAAGCCGGCGACGGUGCCUAAUUUGUUCUUUCGCUUCCCACGGAGCAGCCGCAGCAUCGUCUUCUCAGAUCUGUCUCCCUCGUCACUGAGAAAGAGAGAGAAAACAGAGGUCUCUUUGCCGUUGACAUGGCGAUUAGGGUUUUUCUUAUUUCCCUUUUAUUCUUGUCGACCACAAUCACUACCUUUUCACUUUACGAAGAUCAAGUAGGCCUCAUGGACUGGCAUCAACAAUACAUAGGGAAAGUGAAGGACGCAGUAUUCCAUACACAGAAGACUGGUAGAAAGCGCGUUGUUGUUUCCACUGAAGAGAAUGUUAUAGCUUCCCUUGAUCUUCGGCAUGGCGAGAUUUUUUGGAGGCAUGUUCUUGGGAGCAAUGAUGCUAUCGACAGAAUUGAUAUUGCCUUGGGGAAAUACGUCAUUACCCUUUCAUCAGAGGGGAGUAUUCUAAGAGCAUGGAAUCUUCCUGAUGGGCAGAUGGUGUGGGAAUCAUUUCUUAAGGGCCCAAAUCACUCAAAAUCGUUAUUGUUGGUGCCGACAAGCUUGAAAGUUGACAAGGACAAUGUGAUUAUUGUGUUUGGUAAAGGAGGCCUCCAUGCUGUUUCUAGCAUACAUGGCGAGAUUCUCUGGCAGAAGGAUUUUGCUGCUGAAAGUUUUGAGGUUCAGCAUGUGAUUCAGCCUCUUGGAAGUGAUAUAAUAUAUGUUGUAGGAUUUGUUGGUUCAUCUCAGUUUAAUGUGUACCAAAUGAAUGCAAAGAAUGGAGAGCUGCUGAAGCAUGAAAGUGCGGCAUUAUCUGGUGGUUUUUCAGGGGAAGUUUCUUUAGUUUCUAGUAACACACUUGUUAUGCUGGAUUCCACUGGUUCAACUUUGAUAACAGUGAACUUUCAUAAUGGAGAAAUCAACUUUCAGAAAACAGACAUAUCAGAUCUGAUUAAAGAGUCCUUAGGGAUGGCAACGAUAUUACCUUCAAAACUUGCUGGAAUGUUUGCUUUGAAAACCACUACAUUUAUGAUAUUUAUAAGAGUGACAGAUGAAGGAAAGUUGGAGGUGGUAGAUAAAAUCAAUCAUGUAACAGCUGUUAGUGAUGCUCUCUCAUUCUCCGAGGGUCAACAAGCAUUUGCAUUGGUUGAACAUUACAACAAUGACAUUUACCUUACAGUGAAGCUUGGGCAAGAGUGGAAUAGUGAUUUGCUUAAGGAAAGCAUUAAAUUGGACGACCAAAGAGGUUUGGUCCAUAAGGUUUUCAUAAACAAUUAUAUCCGGACAGAUAGGUCUCAUGGGUUUAGGGCUUUGAUUGUCAUGGAAGAUCAUUCACUUUUACUGCUACAACAAGGUGAGAUUGUCUGGUGUAGGGAGGAUGGCCUUGCCUCUGUUAUAGAUGCAACAACAUCCGAACUUCCUGUGGAAAAGGAAGGCGUAUCGGUAGCAAAAGUGGAAGAGAACCUUUUCGAAUGGCUCAAGGGACAUAUUCUGAAGAUUAAGGGCACCUUAAUGCUUGCAAGCCCUGAGGAGGUUGUGAACAUACAAGCCAUGAGGUUGAAAAGCUCUGAGAAGAGCAAAAUGACCCGAGACCAUAAUGGGUUCCGGAAGCUGCUAAUUGUGCUUACUAAAUCUGGGAAGGUUUUUGCCUUGCAUACUGGAGAUGGACGGAUUGUGUGGUCUCUCUUGUUAAAUUCUCUGCGUAAAUCAGAAACAUGUGAAAACCCAACUGGGCUUAAUUUGUAUCAGUGGCGGGUUCCUCAUCACCAUGCGAUGGAUGAGAAUCCAUCUGUUCUGGUAGUUGGCAGGUGUAGAUCAAAUUCAGAUGCACCUGGUGUACUUUCUUUUGUUGAUACUUACACGGGGAAGGAGCUUGGUUCUUCCAGUCUUGUUCAUUCUGUUGUCCAAGUGAUUUUGCUUCCAUUUACAGAUUCAAAUGAACAACGGCUACAUCUGCUAAUAGAUGCUAAACAACGAGCACAUUUAUACCCAAAAAACCCUGAGGCUGUUGGUAUUUUUCAGCGUGAGUUUUCUAACAUUUACUGGUACUCAGUUGAGGCUGAUGAUGGCAUUAUUAAAGGACAUGUGUUGAAGGACAAUUGCAUUGGCGAAGUAUCAGAUGAAUAUUGCUUUGAAACCAAGGAGAUAUGGUCGAUUGUAUUUCCCUUGGAGUCAGAAAAGAUCAUCACAACUGUGACAAGAAAGUUGAAUGAGGUGGUUCAUACUCAGGCAAAGGUUAUAGCAGACCAAGAUGUGAUGUAUAAAUAUAUAUCAAAAAAUUUACUUUUCGUGGUGACUGUUGCACCAAAGGCCACUGGAGGUAUUGGAUCAGCUACUCCAGAGGAAUCAUGGUUGGUUGCUUAUCUUAUCGAUUCAGUAACUGGUCGUAUAUUGCAUCGCAUGACUCAUCAUGGCUCACAUGGUCCUGUCCAUGCGGUUUUUAGUGAAAACUGGGUUGUCUACCACUACUUUAAUCUUAGAGCACACAGAUAUGAGAUGUCAGUCAUUGAAAUUUUUGACCAGUCUCGAGCUGACAACAAAGAUGUUUGGAAGCUUGUUCUGGGAAAGCAUAAUCUCACUUCUCCCAUUUCUUCCUAUUCUCGACUAGAGGUCAUAACAAAGUCACAGUCAUACUUUUUUACCCAUUCUGUCAAAGCAAUAGCUGUUACAUCUACGGCCAAGGGUAUAACUUCAAAGCAGUUGCUUAUUGGUACAGUUGGUGAUCAGGUUUUGGCACUGGAUAAGCGUUUCUUGGAUCCCCGUCGAUCAAUUAAUCCCACACAAGCAGAGAAAGAGGAAGGAAUGAUACCUCUUACAGAUUCAUUGCCAAUAAUUCCUCAGUCGUAUGUUACACAUAGCCUUAAAGUGGAGGGUCUCCGAGGCAUUGUAACAGUGCCUGCUAAGCUUGAAUCAACCGCGCUGGUCUUUGUCUAUGGUGUGGAUCUCUUUUUCACUCGGCUUGCGCCCUCGAGGACCUAUGAUUCACUUACUGAGGAUUUUAGCUACGCAUUGUUGCUAAUGACAAUUGUUGCACUUGUCGUGGCAAUCUUUGUCACGUGGAUUUUGUCAGAGAAGAAAGAGCUACGAGACAAGUGGAGGUGAAUUUAGUUCUCUAGUCUCUGUGCCAUAAUUUAUUUUCCUCUCUUCAGAUUAAAACAAAACGUCAUCUUGACUUAAACUGAUUUUGUAGUGCGCCUUCUUUUAGCUGCAAUUUUUUGCGUCAUUAAUACAUUAGGAAAUGUUAACAUCAUGUAUUGAAAUUUAGAUGUCGCAAGGAAAUUGUUCCUCGAUAAUUGUUUUUUUUUA